CUGUGUUCUGCUGAAACAUAUCCUAUCUUCUUGUUUUCCUUAAAUUAUAUUCUGCAGGCUUACAUUUCAAGUGGCCAUUAGGGGCCCCUAUGCUGGCAGCAAUAUAUGCAAUGAGUGUGGUAUUAAAAAUGCUGCCUGCCCUGGGUAUGGCGUGUCCACCUAAAUGCCGCUGUGAGAAGCUGCUAUUCUACUGCGACUCUCAGGGCUUCCACUCCGUGCCAAACGCCACAGACAAGGGUUCUCUGGGCCUGUCCCUGAGGCACAAUCACAUCACAGCGCUUGAAAGAGAUCAAUUUGCCAGCUUCAGUCAACUCACCUGGCUCCACUUAGAUCACAAUCAAAUUUCAACAGUAAAAGAAGAUGCUUUCCAAGGACUAUAUAAACUAAGGGAGUUAAUCUUAAGUUCCAACAAAAUAUUUUACUUGCCAAACACAACUUUUACCCAACUGAUUAAUCUGCAGAAUUUGGACCUCUCUUUUAAUCAGCUGUCAUCUCUGCACCCUGAGCUCUUCUAUGGCCUUCGGAAGCUGCAGACCUUGCAUCUGCGUUCCAACUCCCUGCGGACUAUCCCAGUUCGCCUGUUCUGGGACUGUCGUAGUCUAGAGUUUCUGGAUUUGAGCACAAACCGUUUGCGAAGUUUGGCUCGCAAUGGAUUUGCAGGAUUAAUCAAACUGAGGGAGCUUCAUCUAGAGCACAAUCAGCUGACAAAGAUUAAUUUUGCUCAUUUCCUUCGGCUAAGCAGUCUGCACACACUCUUCUUACAAUGGAACAAAAUCAGCAACUUGACGUGUGGGAUGGAGUGGACCUGGAGCACUUUAGAAAAGCUAGACCUAACUGGAAAUGAAAUCAAAGCCAUCGACUUGACAGUGUUCGAGACCAUGCCUAAUCUUAAAAUACUUCUCAUGGAUAACAACAAGUUAAAUAGUCUUGAUUCCAAAAUCUUAAGCUCCCUGAGAUCCCUCACAACCGUCGGCCUCUCUGGCAAUCUGUGGGAAUGCAGCCCCAGAGUCUGUGCUCUUGCCUCCUGGCUGGGCAGUUUCCAAGGUCGGUGGGAGCAUUCCAUCCUAUGCCACAGCCCUGACCACACCCAAGGAGAGGAUAUUCUAGAUGCAGUCCACGGCUUUCAGCUCUGCUGGAAUUUAUCAACCACUGUCACUGCCAUGGCUACAACUUAUAGAGAUCCAACCACUGAAUAUACAAAAAUAAGCUCAUCAAGUUACCAUGUAGGAGACAAAGAAAUUCCAACUACUGCAGGCAUAGCAGUUACUACAGAGGAACACUUUCCUGAACCAGACAAUGCCAUCUUUACUCAGCGAGUAAUUACAGGAACAAUGGCUUUAUUGUUUUCUUUCUUUUUUAUUAUUUUUAUAGUGUUCAUUUCCAGGAAGUGCUGCCCUCCCACUUUAAGAAGAAUUAGGCAGUGCUCAAUGAUUCAGAACCACAGGCAGCUCCGAUCCCAAACGCGACUCCAUAUGUCAAACAUGUCAGACCAAGGACCGUAUAGUGAGUACGAGCCCACCCAUGAAGGACCUUUCAUCAUCAUUAAUGGUUAUGGACAGUGCAAGUGUCAGCAGCUACCAUACAAGGAAUGUGAAGUAUAAUAUCUGCUCACCAUCAAAAACCACACCAGAUAAGUAACCUAUUUUACAUAGUAGGGGCUACAUACACACCUGAUUUUUACCAAUGGUGACACUAAGCCUAAUUUUCCAAACCAAGUGGAGACUUGAGUUUUUGAAGUGUUGAAGUAUUUUUAAUUUUUUUAAUGAAAACAUAUUUUAAGUGUUAAAUGAAGCAAUGCUCAUAUUAAUUUGCACUCUUGUUGGAAAGUCUAAAUGCUUACUUCAAUAUAAAACAUUUCAUGUAUGUAAUUAUAUACAAUUGUAUGUAAACAUUUGCGCUAAGGUCUCCAUAUGUUUUUUUUUUUGUUUUGUUUUGUUUUUUACUGAAAACAGUUCCAAAAGAAGCUACUAAACAAAUAUAGGUAGGGGAAAAAACCUGUUUGAUUAUUAUUCUCCAUCCUAUCUAUGGACCACAACUGGCUUCCUACUUAAAAAGGAGAUGGCAAAGUUUUCUUGUAAGAUAAUGUGGUAUUUACUCAAACUAUAAUUUACUGCCAGUAUAAGAAGUAGACUUACAUGUGUGCUUAAGACUGGUAAAUAGUAAACGUUAUUCUUUCAGUUUGGCUUGGCUUAAUAAACAGUAUCUAAGUUACAUCAUGAAACCAGCACCUUUUAUAUAACUCUAAUAAAACUGGGUGACUCUUUAAUAUAUUUCAACAAUAAAUCCAAGCAAUUAUAAAAAGAUCUCAUUAUAAUAAAUCAAUACUAAAUAACUACACUGACUUCCUAUACAACUCUAGUUUGACUUAUAAUGGACAUGCUGAUUUUUCUGCCACUUAGCCUAUUAUUUUAAACUAGUAUUAGAUUACCAUUUUACUAAUUAACUUACUAAAUCCUCUAUUAUGUAAAAAUUUGCAUUUGGGAAAGAGAAAAACUGAGUCAACUUAACAAUCCUGAUAUACUCCAUCCAGUUUGAAAUACAUCCCUUCUCAUGAUUGAAGAUGCCUUGACAAACUGUUGAAGCCUCUUCCUUCUGCCUUUUUCUGUUCUUUAAACUUCAAAGAUCCAAAUUAAAAAUAAUUGGCUACUAAAGGUGCCUAACCCUGAUUUGUUAUAAAAAAAAACACAAAAAAUUACUUUCAAAAUAUGAUGUUAAAGCUUGACCUGUAAUAAACAUACACAUUUAUUUUAGUAGCUCCUUCUGAGAGAGGACCAACCUACUUCUGAGGCAGAUUCUAAGGCAGAGCUCUUAUCACACAGCAGCGAGUGACGGCAGCAUGAGUGUGAGGGUAAGAACAGGCACAGGGUGAGAGCCCGGCUCUCAGGUUAGUGGAAGCUACCAGGCAGCAAACGUGAUUACGUACAAUUUGCACCAAAUGAGUGAUGCUCAGGGACCUGUAUGAUAUGGGAGGAGACUCAGCAGUGUAAAUUCGAACACUCUAAUCACAGUAACAACUGACAACGAUGCUACAUUUUUCAUGAGGAACCACAAGUGUUCAAUUCUGACUUCUUUAAGUCAAACAAUGGCACACCGGGGAGCUAUGACUCAAGUUACCAAUCCACAUACAAUUUUUUUCUACAAAGAAGGCUCCACAUAUAGGAGAAAACAGAGAAUCAUUACUUUGAUUUCAGAAAGGAAAAGAAAACGAGCAUUUUUAUAUGGAAAAAUAUCUAAGUCCUUAAAGAAAGACAUUAUUAUAACACAGUAUCCUUCAUUCAAAGAUGAUUUUCUCUCCGGAACUGGAUUGAAAAAUGUUACUAUAGACCUAGAUUCAAUCAUAAUUUUUCUCCUUUAACACUGAAAAAUAUACCCACAUUCCAAAUCUCUUAGCAAAAAGCAAACAAUUCAGGUUUCAGUGAAAAUGUGCUCUUUUUUUUUUUCUUUUAAGGUGGGUAAAUUAGUUGGCAAAGCCUCAGUGCAGUUCAAUUCAGUUGAUCUUGAGUGGCAAGCAUUUCAUCUCCUGAUAAACCAGACGCUGGGUUCGUCUGAGCGGAGACAGAUGCUGGUUUUCCGGCAUGGAGCAUAGCACACUGAUUCCCCACUGAGGAGCUGCAUCAGAAGCCCUAUUACAAAUGAGCUCCGUGGGCUAGGAUUUCACAGCUCAUUUAUCGUGGUGACCACUGCCGUUUGUCAGGUGAUGGACAGCUUGUUCGCAAUACAGUUUUGAGCAUGCAAGACUCCACUGGCCCUAAAAGGAUGAGUGAUUUUCAUCAUUUCAAAUCACAAGCAAAAUUAAUUCAAACUGUGAGUUAAAAAGUAAGAAAUAUUAACUAGCAACUCCAAUUAACCCUAAAGAACAUAGUUGGUAAAGUGGAUAUGUAGCAUAGCAAGCCACUUAGUAUCCGAGGAAAGAGAACAGUGCCAAAAGCCACCAAUGCAAACUGUGGGGGGAGGGGAGCACAUAUCUCUCUUUCGGUCCACAUUUCCUUCCACUUUUUUUCCACUUAAAGCACAGUUGCCAUCUCUACUUGCCUGCAGAACACAAGGUUCCAUUUAGUUGGUAUGUAUUUGCAUUGUGGUAUCUGUGCUGCCAACUGGCCAGAGUAGCAAAACCAUGUAUAUGUAGUUCCUAGCCACAAAAGCGAGGUUCUGGGUAGGGUUUUAUCUCGUAAGCAUUACCACCCAACUUUCCCUCUCCCCUGUUUUAAGUUAGUGAAAAAUGAUCAUCAGAAGUCAGAAAAUAAUGUCUCAGAAAAAUGAAGUGUAGUUAGGAAUCCAAAAUUAGUUUGCAACUACUGUUACUUAUUUUUGUAGCCUACAGGGAAUUCAAGCUUACCUUUCUAAAAAGAGUGGGUUGGUAAAUCUAAAAAUUCACAAAACUCAUAUCACUGGCAUCAAAAACAGACACUAUUUUUAAGCCAAAAAAAAUUGUAUUACCACAUGUAAUUCCUUAAUGAGUCUAAGUUAAUUUCUGUACUAAUUCAAUGAAUGGAAUUGACUAAACUUCCUAAUUCCACACUAAUUAUUAAAACCCAUCUGCUUAUUAUAAUGCUAGUCACCAAAAGCUAAACCCCAUCUUUCCAGUAAAGCAAUCUCUAUGUAGCACUAGUCUGAAUUCUGAGAUAUGAAAGUCUUAUUAUUUUCUUAAGUCAUACUUCCUAUACAUAAGAAGGGGUGGAAGGGGUGGAGCUAAAAACUUCCUCCCCUCUCUCCCUCUCAUAUAUAUAUGUAUAAAUAGAUAAUUUUUAGGAAUAUUUUAACAGGUAAAUUACGUGAUAAUUUUCCUAAUACAGCAAUCCAGUGACAGCACUAUCAAGUCUAUUUGGGACAUAAUUUUCAUAUAUUCUCAGUUAAAAUGCUUGAAUCAGAAAAGAUGUUUUUAAAAAGAUAACAUGGGCCAUCUAUAGAUAAUAAGCAUUUCUUUAGCUAACCUGGGUCAAUUACUUUAGCUAAUUUGGCGCCUGAAUAAGGCCAAAACCAGAAAAUGACAUUCACGCGUCCAUUCUGCUAUUGCAGACAUUUGGAAUCAUCUCCAACUCCUUCAACUAACCUUUUCUUCCUUGAGUUUUAAAAUCAGUACGAUACAUGGAAUGUUUGAUGAACCUGUGAACACUGAGACUGCAAACUCACAAGUAUAGUCCAAACUCCUUUGUUCAAUUACCUUUAAGAGCCAUGGGGGGAGGGUUGUUGGGGGAUAGGAAGAAAAUACUAUUAUACAAGGAAUUGGGUUGGCGGGACUAUAAUACAGUGUACAGAAAAGUUUUGUUAUUAAAGUUGUGUAUACUGUAAAAAACAAACAAACAAA